AUGUUCCGACUCGUGUUUCGCAUCGCGGCUAAACCUGCAUCUGGAACCGACGGAUCAGUUUACACUAGGGUUUCUACACGGCUAUUAAACACCGCAUCCAGACAAGGACAAGCACCUGGAAUCUGCACAGGACAAUGUCGCUGUAGGACAAAAAGGACAUCCAAGAAACUAGCAGCGCUGGCCGGGUUUGCGGGAGUCGGGGUUAUUGCAGGAGAAGUCUGGAUCAGCAACAGGAGGAAAAGCGACAACACACUUGCAGCUACCUAUCUAAAAGAGUUACAAGAACGCCACCCCGCAUCAAAAGUGAGCACUGAGAACACAGAAACAGCCACGGACGGAGAGAAAGCACUAAAAUACGACAUGUCACAUCCCAGGAGGGGACUGGCCGUCAUUAUAAAUAACAAACAUUUUAACGCCAGUACUCAGAUGGAGAUGAGAGAGGGGUCAGAGGUGGAUCUGGAGAACCUAUCACAAGUCCUGUUAGAUAUGGACUUCGAGGUGCGCGUGUACACAGACCUCACCUGCAGGCAGAUGAGAAGGGUUCUCAAAAAGGUUGCUGAGGAGGACCACCGUGACUCGGACUGUCUUCUUGUGUCCAUCAUGAGUCACGGGUACAAGGGUGAGCAGGUGUACGGGGUGGACGGGCUGGUCAACAUAGACAGGCUCUCCACGUACUUCAAGGGCGAGAACUGUCAAACUCUCAUCGGCAAACCCAAACUCUUCGUCAUUCAGGCAUGUCAGGGUGAGAGGCUUAUGGAGGGAGUAACGUUGGCGUCUACAUCCACCACGGACAGCGAGGUCAACGUCCGUCCGCAGUCACACACGCUGCCGUCAGGGGCGGACUUCCUGUACUUCUACUCUGUGUCGCAAGGAUAUUACUCGUGGAGAAAUAUACGACGAGGCUCCUGGUUGAUCCAGGCUUUGUGCAAGGUGCUACGUGAGGAUGGAAACUCUGGACUCGAGAUCAUGCAGCUCUUCACCAAGGUCAACAGACAGGUUGCGACCGAGUUCGAGUCCUUGUCCCCGGACGAGACGUUCAACAAGAAGAAACAGAUCCCGUGUAUCGUGUCCAUGUUGACUAAAGAACUGUACUUCACCCAGAAGUUACCGUCUCUGAUCAAAACAGAGUCUGUCUGACUCUAACU